AUGUUUGCACCCCAAUUUCGCCCUUUGAUUUUAAAAAAAUGUGAAAAAAAUAUUUUUCGAUUUUUCCAAAAUUUACAAUCAAUUAAUUUCUCAACAGCCUCUUCUUCUAAAAAAUUUAAUUUUGAAUCUGAAAAUGUUUUGGAACGUUUUAUAAUUGAUAGAAUACGUUCUACUGGUCCAAUAUGUGUUUCAGAAUAUAUGAAAUUAUGUGCUAAAAUAUUUGGUGAUGGAGAAGGGGAUUUUAUUACCUCGCCAGAAUUAACACAAGUUUUUGGUGAAUUGAUCGGUGCCUGGUUAUUAAAUGAAUUACAUAUGACAGGAUGGGAAGGGCCUUGGAAUUUAGUUGAAUUAGGUCCAGGUUCUGGAGCUUUAAUGGUUGAUGUCUUAAAUGUUUUGAAUAAAUUAAAAUCUGAUAAUAAAUUAAAUGUCUAUUUAAUCGAAAAAUCAGCACAAUUAAUUAAACAACAAAAACAAAUAUUUGAACAACAAUUAUUGAAUAAACAAAUUUCUAUUAAUUGGUUUGAUUCUAUUGAAGAUAUUCCUGAAGGGUUUACAAUAUUUAUUUCAAAUGAAUUUUUCGAUGCUUUACCCAUCCACCAAUUUGUACGAAAUAAAGAAAAACCAAAUGUUUGGCAAGAAGUUUAUAUUCAAUUAACUACUAGUAAUGGAAGUGUUGAGAUAGAUGAAGAAGAUGGACAAAUAUUAACUAAAAAACAUCUGUGUUUUGGAUUAUCUCCAGGUGAAAAUAUCCAUACCCGUGCAUAUAUCCCCCAAAAUAUCAGAAAUGAUUUGUCCAGAACUAAAUGGGAAUAUAGUCCAUUGGCAACUAAAAUUACACUUGAAAUGAUUAAAAAACACAAUGGAGAUAGAAAAACUCAUUCACUUCGUGCUUAUUCAAAUCAUUCAAUUGUUGAUCCAUUAGAUUGUCCAGGAAGAGUUGAUUUAACAGCAGAUGUUGAUUUUGGGGAAAUUAAAAGGGUUAUUGAAGGAAAAUGUUUAAUUUUUGGACCUGUCGAACAAAGGCAAUUUCUAACCCAACUUGGACUUAUACAUCGAUUGGAUUAUUUACUUAGAAAAUCAACAACAACAGAACAACGUGAAGCUUUGCUUAAUUCUUGUAAUAUUCUUGUAUCAGAUGCUGAAAUGGGGGCACGAUUUAAAGUAAAUUAA